AUGGGGGACUAUGCAGCACUUCAACUGGACACGCGUCUGCGACGACUGUAUCCGACACGGCUGCCCAUCAUGACACGCUGCCCACCAGGAGAAGUGAUUGUUCGUGUUGCCUAUGCUGGCAUCUGCCACACUGAUCUUGCCAUUCUGCAGGGUGAUUUUCAAAUAGACUGUGAUCGGCUUGUUCUUGGACAUGAAAUAAGUGGAAUUGUCUCAGGUGUUGGCAAAGAAGUUAAUUGGUUGAGAAUUGGGGACAAGGUCGCUGUGAAUCCAAACAGCAAAUGCGAGCGAUGUGCAGUUUGUCUUCAUGAGGAAAUGGGUGCACCUGCGGAAGCAAGUGUAGGUGUGGAACGAGAUGGAGGCUGGGCAGAGUUCUGCCUAGUGCCACAGUCGCAGUUACACUUGCUGCCAUCAGACGUCCCUCUCAAACAAGGUGUGCUAUGUGAGAGUCUCUCAUGCGUGGCUCAUGCAUGGGAACAUGUGACACCACUUCCACACAGUGCACGUGUUGCUGUGCUUGGCACUGACCUGGUGGGCUGUCUUACUGCCAGCCUGCUGCACGUACAGGGCUACCGCCAUGUCACAUUGUGUGAACAUUCUGAGGCUGCCCGCCAGAGAGCCCACAGUCUCGGCCUUGGGUAUGAGAUGAUAGAUCAUAAUGAACUCUGUAACAAGACUUUUGAUUUGGCAAUUGACUGUACAGGAGAUGCCAUGAUCCAGCAAGAAGCAGCCCAUGCAUUAGGUUUUGGAGGACACCUUCUCAUUUUCAGAUCAAACUCUGUGAAGGACAGACUAUGCCUGUCACCAUUUAAUAUUUUCACAAAUGAGAUAAAAGUCACUGGUUCCCUUAUCAAUCCUUAUGCCUUUGGGAAGGCUCUAACUUGGGCUUCAGUGUUGGGGCACAGGUAUCUUGAUUUCAACAAAUUGGGUGUUGUCUCAUACCCAUUAAAAGAGUACCAAGAAGCUCUUGAGACAGCAAAGAGUGAUGAUGCAGCAAAAGUAGUCUUUGAGUUUGAUGUUUCUGAUGUACCGACUCCAUAA